GUUACGUACACCAUGAUAAACAACAUCGAAUAUGCCUUUCCUGCAGGUGACGAAAGUGAUGAAAAUAGUGAUGAAUGGGACAUUGGAUUUUCCAGUUGUACCAAGAGAUCAGAUUCUGAGGUAUCAGGGACGACUUUGCCCGUUGAUGACAACGUGUCGGCCUUAAAAAAGGCCAUUUCAGCCGGGGAUGUCGAUCUCGUUCAGCAGCUGCUGGACGGCGGCGUGGAUGCAGAGACUCGCCUGGGCUUCGACUGGACGCCUCUUAUGUGUGCUGUCCAUGUGGCACACCACGACCUUGCAGAGCUGUUGCUGGACCACGGAGCCAACGCGAAUUUCAGCAGAGAUCAUUAUACCGUGCUUAUGGCUGCAUGCACAGCAAAUUCAGCCAAUGAGGAGAAAAUUGCCAAGUGUGUAGCCUUGUUGCUGAGUCGGAAUGCAGAUCCAAAUGCAUACAACAGGAGCCACAGAACCAGCUUGAUGCUGGCUGCCAGGGAUGGCUACUGUAAAGUGAUCAAUCUGCUGGUAUCCCACCGAGCAGAGCUGAACACUCAGGACGAGAGUGGCCACACGGCACUUAUGGUAGCUGUGCAGUAUGGGCAAGAAAGGGCAGUGCUAAAACUGCUUCAGCUUGGAGCUGACAGGUCCAUCAAAACCAAGGCAGGGAAGACAGCUGCUGACCUGGCUAAAGAACUCAAACAACCACAGAUCUCAAGGAUUCUUGACUCCUCAGGAGGCUCAACUUUUAAUGAUGGCGUGCCUUCGAAAACUGAAACGGAGUUUACAUUUCUCAACCAAAAACCUGAACCUCCAUGUGUCUCAGAGGAGAGUUCAGCUAAGCUUUGUGAUAUUGAACUUCUGCUGCAUGGGCUGAAUCUGGAAUACCUCUCUGAUAUCAUGAAGGAAAAUGACAUCACCUGGAGCUACUUGUUGACAAUGGAAAAGGAGGACUUGGAAAAGAUUGGGAUAACAAACUCUAAGGACCAAAAGAAGCUUCUUAAAGCAAUUCAGGAGAUGCACCUUGACAAAGUGGACCUGGACACCAUGAUGCAGCUAAACAACAUUGACAAUGGGAGUGAAGAGCUGUAUAACUUCCUGAUUAGCCUGAGGCAGCAGUGCUGUUACCUGACUGAGAUGGUGCAGGAUGUCAUCAGAAGGUUCCCCCGCAGUCCUUCUGAGCUUGUUCUGACGUGGGAUCCGAAUAAGGAGGCUCAGUCCAUUUGCGCAGAGCUAGUGGUUCAGACCAGAGACCUCCAGAAAGAAGUGAUCUGCCUCAAGGACCUCCUCAGCAAGAUGGAUCCCAUGGAGUUGUCCUUCCAGCCACCUGUUCACAGUUCACACACUAGCAGGAGAACGCAGGUCCUAAAGAAGCUUGCAGUGGGGAUGUUUGGAGCAGCACUAUUGCUGCUGUGCUCCCGAGCAAGGCACGUCAGUGUCUACUUCUGAGACUCAUUUCACGUUUGUCAUUUUGAAAGUUCUUUGUUUUAAGUUGUUGCCAUCAUUCCUUUUAUGCUUUUUGUUGUUGUUGUUGUUGUUGUUGUUGUUGUUGUUCUUAUAUUUUCUAUAAUGGAGAUAUUUCAAAGUUCAAAACUUAAGUACAUUAUGAUGGCUCAUUUUGUGUUAAAUAUGCAGUUGGUCAUGUUAAUCACUUGGGAUUUAUUUUCUUAAACCAUGUACUUACACUUAAAUAAACUUUCCAGUGAAAGGCA